UAGAGAGAGAGAGAGAGAGUAGAGAGAGAGAGUAGAUUUGUAAAGCAAAAGCAAAAGAAAAAGUGAUAUGAAAGGAGAGAAUACAAAUAAAGAAUAAAAGGGGUUGAUUUAAGUUGAAGAAGCAAAGUUGUGAGUUGUUACCAUCAAUUGUUACGGAUUGCGAAAAAUGCAGAACCAGGGAAGCUUUGGCAACAGCGGGAGGUUGUCGAGCGACACCGAUGAGGAGUUGUCAAGAUUGGCCAUCUCCUCGUUUCAGGCUAGAGAAGAAGAGAUAGAGAGGAAGAAAAUGGAGGUGAGAGAGAAAGUUGAGUAUCACUUGGGUCGAGCUGAGGAAGAAACUAGGCGUUUGGCGCAAAUUUGGGAAGAGCUUGAAGUGAUGACAGACCCCACAAGGAAGGAAGUGGCAAUUGUACGUAAGAAAAUAGACAUGGCUAACCGAGAGUUGAAAUCACUUGGACAGAGCUGCCAGAAGAAGGAGAAAGAAUAUAAAGAAGCACUGGAGGCUUUUCAGGAAAAGAACAGUGAAAAGGCUCAACUAACUACCACAUUACUAGAGAUGGUGAAUGAAAGUGAGAAAUGGAGGAUGAAGAAGCUGGAGGAACUGAGCAAGAUUUUAAAUCCCGUACACUGAAAUAUGCUAUGAACCCUUUCUCUGUCUCCCAAAUUGAUGUUCUACAUUUAAUAAGAUUAUUCCUAUUCUUGUAUGAGUUUUAGAAGGCAAUAUGACACCUCAAUUUUUUCUGAUGUAAUAUCACAAUAAUUGGUGUCUUAACACUAUUUGGCCCAGAUGAAAGUUGAAAGCAAAAUGAUGAGAGCUUAGCUCA